CCUGAAGGCAAGUGUCCUAUCCAUGCAUGCGUACAUAGAUAGUAAAAUGGACGCAAUGCAGGAUACUCUAGACCAGAUUCUGCAAGCGCUGCAUAAGCCAGGGAUCCGGCCAACAACCUUACCAUCGCUGCCACUCUCAGCGAUGACAGGCCUCUAUGAAACUCAGUCAGGACCACCACCAAGUGUAUCAUCAACAGUAGCUCUAUCUCAGACUGUUGCUUCUUCAUCUUUUGGUCCAGCGACUGUUGCUACACCACAGUCGCCACCUGUCUCGCGACCGGGACAACAAUAUCCUUGGUACCCCAAGACCACACUGAACCCACCUGCAACCUUAUCAGGAGACAAGAAGGAUGAGGCUCUCGACACAUGGUUGAGAACGGUGCCAGUGUGGGUGAGGGCGAAAAGGACAUUGGUAGAAGAAGUGAUUACUGCUGCAUCCUACUUAGAGGGUUCAGCAGCCCGGUGGCUAAAUGGAUUGGUAGCUUCAAAGGGCUUCAGCAGGAACAUGCAUGAUUGGGCGCAUACCCACACAUUAGAAAGCUUUAUGGACUUAGUGGAGGCUCGUUGGCACAACCCUCAACAGGCACAGAUUGCCACUGAUGGGCUCCUAAAACUUGAUACUAGAAAGUACAAGUCUGUGCGAGAACUCACCACAGCCGUAGAGCGCCUGAUCGUCGUCCCGGGAGUGGAGUACAAUCCACAGGUCUUGCUGACCAUGUUCCUGAGAUGUCUUCCCACAAACAUUAGGAAUCUAUUAGCCAUCGAGGCUCGCAGAGAGUAUCACACAUUUGAGUCAUUCAGCAAGAAGGCCCUAGACUUAGAGGCUACGCUGCGUGGAGCUCAAACCCCUUCUACGGAUGGGAGAAAGAAGAAGACUCCACAAGAGUGGAAGAAGAAGGGUAGUCGAUUGAUGAUGGUUGAUUCCGAUGGGAACCAAACCGAGAUCGAUGAUGUUUCCGAUCUUGUGGAGGGUUCAGAGUUUGACGGCGAGGAGAGUGUUGAGGGUAGCAACCUCGCCGCCAUAGUUAAGACUAAGGCAGUUGGCUGCGGCAAGGGCGGUCAACAAAGGAGUCAGGGGCAGGCCGCUAACCCAAACAAAAUAGCUGCUUGGGUUAGAGCAGGUCUGGAUCAAGAAGCGUGGUGGGAUCGUUGGUCUUGCGGUGCUUGUAUUAAUUGCGGACCGACGAGUCUGAGGCAGCUUUCAAGCGUUUGUUUGAAGCAUGCUCUCACGCAUCAUGAGGUUCUCAUGGUACCCGACCCGCAAAGGCCAUUUGUUGUAACCACUGACGCAAGUCAAUAUGGGAUUGGCGCAGUGCUGGCUCAGCAGGAAGGGAAGAAGUUGAGACCGAUCGUGUACAUGAGCAAAAAGAUGCCUUCAAAGAAGUUGGCAAAGUCCACCUACGAGAGGGAACUCUAUGCUCUUUACAAGGCACUUGUCCACUGGAGGCACUACCUGUUAGGAAGGUUAUUCUACUUGAGAACUGACCAUCAGACACUCAAGUGGAUUAAGACUCAACCAGUUAUCUCCGAUGCACUCAAACGCUGGAUUGAAGUCAUAGAUCAAUGUGAUUUCAAACUAGACUAUUUGAAGGGAGAGUACAACAAGGUUGCAGACGCGUUGUCUAGGAGGGCAAAUUACCUAGGUGCGCUGAUUUUUGAGUUUGGUCUAUCUGAAGAUGUAACUCGACUGUUGGAUAAAGCCUACAAGGAAGAUCCCAUCACGAUGGACAUCAUCAACAAACAACAGGCUAAAGACAAGGCCACCACUGAUGAGUUUGUGAUGGUGGCUGGGUUGCUGUUUCUUGAAAAGGCAGGGUUCAAGAGGUCUAGUAUUUCCAUGGACUUCAUGGAUACUCUAGUGACCAGCAAGAAUGGCAAGAGGCACAUUUUCGUCAUAGUGGACAGGUUCACUAAAUACGCUAGACUAAUCGCCAUGCCAGAGACUGCCAGGACUGAGCACGUCAUCAAGUUGUUCAUGGACAACUGGGUGCGGGACUUUGGACUUCCAAAGACAAUCGUUAGAGACAGAGAUGUGAGAUUCACAAGCGAGAUGUGGAAGAAGGCCGCUGAACAGAUGGGCAGCCAGCUUCAAAUGACUUUUGGGAAUCAUCCGGAAGCAAAUGGGCAGGCUGAACAGAUGAACCGAGUGGUGCAGCAUCUGCUGAGGCAUUACAUCCAGCCCAACCAGGAUGACUGGGAUGAGAAAUUACCUCUCAUCGCCAGUUUGUACAACAAUGUUGUACACAACACCACCGGCGUCAGUCCUAAUCAACUGCAUCUCGGGUGGAAGCCUAGAUCUGCUUUAGACGUCCUCCUGCCUGAAAACCGAACUGCUGCAACUCCUGGAACCAUUGAAUUUGGUGUCCAGUAUGAGAAACUGUUGCAGAAGACUGUCGAACCCAUCAAGAAAUCUCAGGAAGCCAUGAUUGCUUCUGAGAACAAGCGUCGCCGACAAUCCACAUUUCAGGUAGGGGAACGUGUCUGGGUCAAGGCUAGUGAAUUGGGACAGGAGUUUGGCAUCUCUAGGAAACUAAUGCCUCCGUAUUUCGGUCCCUGGGAAGUCUUAGACAUAGUGGGGAAUGAUUUGGAUGGUCCCUCGUACGUCAUUCGUAUCCCUGGUCACCUACGCACUUACCCUGUUUUUCACGCCUCCAAGCUAGCACCUUUCGCUGAGACAGCACAGUUCCCAUCAAGGAGAUCUAUGCUGCCCCCAACCAUGGAUGGCCACGUGGACGUCUACGACAUCCUGGAUCACAGAGAUACGCCUGUUCCAAAGCCACCUGGCAGGGGAAGACCUCUGAAACCUGCGAGGGAAUACAGAGUUCAUUUCAGGCAUCACACUGAUCCGAAGGAAGAUCGAUGGAUUUCAAGGGAGGAACUGAUUAAGACAGCUCCUCAGAUCGUGGCAGAUUAUGAGAAGAAACUAAAGGGGAAGGCUCCAGCAUGAAGCAUCUCAGCGGACUUUCGAAGCUAAGGGGGAUGGAAUGUGAGGAACAAGCCCUCAAGGGGCCCUAUCAGACAUC